CAUUUUCACACCUCUGCCCUCGAAUGUUCCCAAACGGACACCGUAAAGUUAAACUUCAGCAACCAUGGAAACCGCAAACAUCUGCGGAAGUGAAGUCUGUGAAAUGCUUGAAUCAUGUCUAGCAGUAAAGAGCAGACAUCCAUCAGUCAGGUGAUGUGUUUCCUCCAUGAGUGGGACCAGGGCAAUAAGACGGUGCGUAGUCGAAUGCUGAGCGACUUUCUGGCCAAGAACACAGGAAAGACAUGCCCUGAACUGGAGUUUGAGUUUGCUGAAGUUGCCAGCCUGUUCCUUACUCGGCUCACUGCCUGGAUAAGACUAACCUACAUGUUUGGAUCGUGUCUAGACCUUCAGCUGAGAGCAUUAGGUGUUUUCCUCUCUGCCAAUAGCAGUCAUCAGUACAUGAUUGAGUUUCUGGAGGUGGGUGGAGUGCUGACCCUGCUUGAGAUUCUCGGGCAAGACAAACUCAAAGAAGAGGAUAAGACCGAGGCCCUUCACCUGCUCCAGAUCAUCGCCAACUCGGGCCAAAAAUAUAAAGAGCUUAUCUGUGAAAGCUACGGUGUGAAGGCUGUAGCUGAAUGUUUGGCCAAGUCUGAGAUGGAGAUGACUCAGGGGACCGCCGCCGCCCUGCUAGAGUCUUUGGCCCAUGGAAACCCCAAAUACCAGAAUCAGGUGUACAAGGGCCUGGUCGCCCUCCUGGCCUGCACAUUACCAAGAGCACAGCAGCUUGUUUUACAGAUUCUACGUAUAGUUCAGCCCGUUAUAAAAACAGCCCAUCAUAGCAUAGUGGAACCCUUACUGAAUCUGCUGAGGUCCCAGCAUUUAGAAGUACAAUAUGAAGCCAUAGAACUCAUAGCAGAGCUCAUGCAAUUAGAGGUUAGACCAGCUCUGCUCAGGGGUCUGGUGGCUUUUCUCAAACCAGCUAAAGAGAGAAACCCCAAACACAAGAUUCUGGAUGAUACAGAGGUGUCCAAAAUGACGGAUUCGCUCCCUGUGCUCCUCAUGCAAGCAGCUUCUGCAAAAACCAUCAGGAUUCUGGCACAGAGAAAUGAGGAGAUUUCUAAAGAACUCCUCUCUCUCAGAGUGAUCCAUCAUUUACUGUAUGCAAUGGGUAACCAGGAACAUGCAGAUGCCCAGAGACAAGCCAGCCUGGCUUUGGAGCAUUUUGUGCGCAUGUAUCCAGUGGUGGAAGAGCAUGUACGCAGAGGAAUGGGCAGCACACUGUUCGAGUCUUUUAUGCACAAUGCUGAUGAGCUGCAUUUAAGCAUGGAUGAUAUUCAAGCUGACAGUUUACGAUCAAAUAAAGUAAACAUUUCAUGUGCAGUGAAAGAUUGGUUCAGCGCUAUGAGCAGGUUAAGAUCAGCAGUGCAGAAGGGGAAGACAGCGGCUCUAGAAAAUCCAGAGGUGCUCGAAUCCAGCAUUAAGAAGAAAUCAAAGCAUGCCGUUAAAGAAGAGGAACCAUCUGAAACUGAACCUUCAUCAUACCACUUUUUCCAUGAUCCGUCUGAAAUCUCUCUUUUCCGCUCUCACCUUCUGCUGUGGUAUGAUCAAAAUAAGAGAGAGCUUCCCUGGAGAACAAUGGCUUUGACAGAACCAGAUGUUAAUAUCAGGACAUAUGCAGUGUGGGUCUCAGAGAUCAUGUUACAACAGACUCAAGUUGCCACAGUGAUAGGCUACUAUAACAGAUGGAUGAAGAGAUGGGCGACUGUGGAAAAACUUGCUGCAGCUACACUGGAGGAAGUGAACCAAAUGUGGGCUGGCCUUGGAUACUACUCUCGAGGACGCAGGCUGCAUGAAGGCGCUCAGAAAGUGGUGUCAGAACUGAAUGGACAGAUGCCAAAAACCACAGCGGGACUACUGAAACAGUUGCCUGGGGUCGGACGUUACACCGCCGGGGCGAUCGGUUCUAUAGCACUUGGACAGGUGACGGGUGCGGUUGAUGGAAAUGUCAUUCGAGUUCUGUGUCGCGUUCGAGCCAUAGGAGCAGACAGCAGCAGUCCCACUGUAACAGAUGCUUUAUGGAAAAUUGCUGAUACACUUGUUGACCGAGAGAGACCUGGAGAUUUUAAUCAGGCUAUGAUGGAGUUAGGGGCCAGAGUCUGCACCCCAAAAUCCCCUCUCUGCAACCAGUGUCCCAUUCAGUCCCACUGUCAUGCAUUUAGGAAGGUGAGUAUUAAACAAGAGAUUGACUCCAAAAGACUUCUAAGUAAACUUGCCUCAAAUCUCAAUAACUCUGUUCCUGACAUAGAGAAUUGUUUGGCCAGUGACAGCUGUAACUUGUGUCUAUCAGAGGACUGGGACCCUCAGCUGGGGGUGCAGAAUUAUCCAAGAAAGCCUGUUAAAAAGGCUCCACGUGCGGAGCAAACACUAACCUGUAUAGUGGAGCGUAAGCGUGAUGGAGAAGAGAUGGAAUAUCUGCUCACUCAAAGACCAAGCAAAGGACUCUUGGCAGGGAUGUGGGAGCUACCCAGCAUGCUCUUGGAAGCUGAUGUCUCUGAGAGUAAAUAUAAAGGCUUGAUAUGUGACAUGAUGCAAAAACUGCUGGAAACAUCCCUAGACACUCACUCAGUGCAGUUUGUGGGAGAGGUGGUUCAUAUUUUCUCCCACAUCCAUCAAACCUACAUAGUCUUUUCCGUUCGUGUGUCCGACUGGUCAGAUAGAAAGCGAGAGCAGAAGACCUGCUGGCUCAGUAAAUCUGCUCUGCAUGAGGCGGCUGUAUCCACUGGGGUUAAAAAGAUUAUGAAGCUCUAUGAAUCUUCAAGCAAGGUGGACAUCAAGGAAAAGAAGAGAAAACCCAGCCCUGAGAAACGGUCAAACAAAAUAAAAAAGCCAAAGAGUGCUGCUACUAAUGGAGGACCCAAACAACUCAGCCUCACUAAAUUCUUGUCUACCUCGAAGGCAACAGCUUAAAGCCAAACCUGUUGACAGAAGCUACUCUGUGGUUAUCAUGUAAAUUUGCUACUGUGUCAAGAGAGUCACAUAUAAUAACACAUAUUACCUACAUCUGUAUUAUUUUUAAAGCAAUAUUUCAUUGUUAUGAGGCAUGUUUUUAAAUAAAUAAUAAUUGUAUAAU